UGGAGCUGCACCUGCUUCUGGGCGGACGCACUUGGCGCGCGGCGCGGACUGCAGACGGCUGCGAGGCGCUGGGCACAGGUGUCCUGAUGGCAAAUUUCAAGGGCCACGCACUGCCAGGGAGUUUCUUCCUGAUCGUCGGGCUGUGUUGGUCAGUGAAGUACCCGCUGAAGUACUUCAGCCACACGCGGAAGCACAGCCCACUGCAUUACUAUCAUCGUCUCGAGAUCGUCGAAGCCGCAGUUAGGACUUUGUUUUCCGUCAUUGGGAUCCUGGCAGAGCAGUUUGUUCCGGACGGGCCCCACCUGCACCUCUACCAUGAGAACCACUGGAUAAAGUUAAUGAAUUGGCAGCACAGCACCAUGUACCUAUUCUUUGCAGUCUCAGGAAUUGUUGACAUGCUCACCUAUCUGGUCAGCCACGUUCCCUUGGGGGUGGACAGACUGGUUAUGGCUGUGGCAGUAUUCAUGGAAGGUUUCCUCUUCUACUACCACGUCCACAACCGGCCUCCGCUGGACCAGCACAUCCACUCACUCCUGCUGUAUGCUCUGUUCGGAGGGUGUGUUAGUAUCUCCCUAGAGGUGAUCUUCCGGGACCACAUUGUGCUGGAACUUUUCCGAACCAGUCUCAUCAUUCUUCAGGGAACCUGGUUCUGGCAGAUUGGGUUUGUGCUGUUCCCACCUUUUGGAACACCUGAAUGGGACCAGAAGGAUGAGGCCAACCUCAUGUUCAUCACCAUGUGCUUCUGCUGGCACUACCUGGCUGCCCUCAGCAUCGUGGCCAUCAACUUUUCUCUUGUUUACUGCCUUUUGACUCGGAUGAAGACACACGGAAGGGGAGAAAUCAUUGGAAUUCAGAAGCUGAAUUCAGAUGACACUUACCAGACCGCCCUCUUGAGUGGCUCAGAUGAGGAAUGAGCCGAGAUGUGGAGGGCGUAGAUAUCCCACUGCACAGCUGGAAUGAAUGGAGUCCAUCCCCUCUACCUGAAUGCCUGCUGUGGUCUGAUCUUAAGGGUCUAUAUAUUUGCACCUCCUCAUUCAACACAAGACUGGAGGUUCUAAAACAGGAAAUCAGGCCUACAGCAUCCUGUGUAUCUUGCAGUUGAGAUUUUUAAACAUAAUAUAAAGUCUGUGUUGGUAUAGUACCCUUCAUAAGGAAAAAUGAAGUAAUGCCUCUAAGCAGCAGGCCUUUGUGCCUCAGUGUAAAGAGAAAUCAAGAGAUGCUAAAAGCUUUACAAUGCAAGUGGCCUCAUUUAUGAAUCCAGGAUAUGAACCCAGCAAAAGAACUUGCUGCUUUUGGUAACUUAUCCCUUUUUCUCUUAAGAAAGCAGGUACUUUCUUAUUAGAAGUAUGUUAGAAUGUGUAAGCAAAUGACAGUGCCUUUAGAGUUACAAUUCUAACUUACAUUAUUCACAAGCUUUGGUAUUUUAAAACUAUUGUUAAACAUAUCAUAACCAAUCAUACCAGGGUACUGCAAUACCACUGUUUAUAAGUGACAAAAUUAGGCCAAAGGUGAUUUUUUUUUAAAUCAGGAAGCUAGUUACCGGCUCUACUGAGAGUUGGAGCCCUGAUGUUCUGAUUCUUCAAAGUCACCCUAAAAGAAGAUCUGAUAGAAAAGCUGUAUACACGAGAUAGAAAAAUGUCAGGUAUGGAAGGCUUUCAAUUUUAAUAUAGCUGAAAGCAAAGGAUAACGAAUUCAGAAUUAGUAAUGUAAAAUCUUGAUACCCUAAUCUUGCUUCUGGAUCUGUUCUUUUUCUUUUUUAAAAACUUCCUUCACUGCGCCUGUAAUCCUAGCACUUUGGGAGGCCAAGGCAGGUGGAUCAUGGGGUCAGAAGAUCAAGACCAUCCUGGCUAACAUGGUGAAACCCCGUCUCUACUGAAAAUACAAAAAAUUAGCCGGGUGUGGUGGCGGGCACCUGUAGUCCCAGCUACUCGGGAGGCUGAGGCAAGAGGAUGGCAUGAACCCGGUAGGGUAGCUUGCAGUGAGCCGAGAUCAUGCCACUGUACUCCAGCCUGGGUGACAGGGCAAGACUCUGUCUCAAAAACAAACAAACUUCCUUCAACAAAUAUUUAUUAAAUAUCCACUUUGCAACAGCACUGAAAUGGCUGUAAGGACUCCUGAGAUAUGUGUCCAGCAAGGAGUUUAUAGUCAAACAGGAGAAACAUGCCAGUAGUUACAUCCAGUGUGAUGGGUGCUGAGAGGCAAGUACAAACCACGAUG